AAAUCAGAUUUGUAUCAUUUUAAUAGACCAUACAUAAAUAUACAUCGCAAGUCAUAUCAGCAAAGCUUUUACAAUGUUUGCACAUAGUUUUGUCAGUUGAUAAAUAUUUAUGGCGACUCCAUUGUUUCAAUUUUGUGAGACAUUUUGUUUGCAGCUGCAUACCGCACUUAUUGUCGUUCAUCCCACACAAAACAACGUGUGUCAAAACAUCUGACGCACAGCCACACCAGUGACCGGCAGAAAUAAGUGCAGAUUAACACCGUAAAACUUUCCGUAAUGUAGUAAUUUUUUAUCACUUUCAUACGCCUACAUCACCGUUCAUUGCUAAAAUAGUUAGAAAGUGUUUUCUUCGAUGCAAUUUUAAGCUUGGUUGUGUUGGUAUCCGGCUGGCGAGACAAAACUAACGGUAACAGUUGUGGUGUGCGUAAAAUAGAAGUAAAAGUUGUAAACAAGCAUAGACGGUCAUUCAUAAUGACAGUUGCCGAUGAAUGAAUUUAGUCCGACAAACGUUGGUCGUUCUGGCGUUUCAAAACAAAUUGUAGGGAGCAGCGGGGAAAGUGUGUCACCAUGGGAUCGUUCAAGAUUCCGAUUGAUACAGCGUUGUGCAUUGUAUUUUACGUUUCGUGCUUAUUUUAUUCGUUCUACAAAAAUUACGAACUGAGCAAUGAAAGCCUUCAAAACUACUACUACCUGGAGGAAGGUUGGUCAAUUUUCAAGGGUCGACGACGCGAUGAUUACGAUUGGGAAUGGGAGAUCUACAAAAAGUAUGCCAUAAGUAACAUGCUGAUUUUUGCCUUACAUGCGAUUUUAUUUGAGGUAAUAAGAUAUUUGCGAGUAAGGCAGGUUUCUUUGGCACUGACCGUUUUCGGUUGUGCAGCAGUAUUCUACAUUUAUGGAUACAAGGUUUUGCUGAUACUGAUUUGGCAAAAUUUGACCUUUUACGCGAUUGGGCAUUGGACGAAAAGCGCAGCCGUUCUGUGGAUCAAAGCAUUUCUGUGGAUAGCGAUGAUAAAUAGCGUAAAAAUUUUGUUCUUUUAUGAUCAGUUGAACGUUUUGCUUGACAUCGACAACGAUAAGCUGUUGGAGUUCAGCAUAAUUAUUUCGUGGAACGUUAUCAAAUGCACAUGCUUUUGUUUGGAUCGAGUUAACGCUAGAGGGAAUGCGCAGAAUUACAAGUUUGUGGAUUUGCUGGGAUACUCGUUUUACUUCCCGUUGCUGUUAUUUGGUCCAGUAAUCAUCUACGAAAGAUUUAAGGAGUGUCAAAAGGUCCGAUGGCCAAUGGAGAGUUUGAACACCUUGGAACGAUUGAAAACAUUAGUUAUGCGAUUGAUUAUAUGCUUUUUCUGGGCAUUGGUGAUGGAAGCCGGUCAACACUUCUUCUACAUUAAUGUAAUCCAACUGGAUUUGAAGUUAUUGCAACACGUUAACUUAUGGGCUUUGUAUGGCUUAGGCUACAUGAUGGGACAGUUCUUCUACGUAAAAUACGUAGUGUUUUAUGGAAUUGGAAUAGCCUUUGGUACCUUUGACGGGGUUUUGAUGCCUCACAAACCGAUAUGUAUUGGCCGAGUUCAUCUGUAUUCGGAUAUGUGGAAGUUUUUUGAUCGAGGACUGUAUGAGUUUCUGUUCAAGUAUAUCUACACUCAGCUGUGCACCAAGACUUCGUCCAACACUCGUAAGAUCUUCGCCAGUUCCAUCACGUUUAUCUUCAUCUACAUUUGGCAUGGACUUUACACAUUUGUCAUGAUCUGGUCCGCACUCAAUUGGAUUUGUAUAGUAAUGGAAGGGUUCGUUAAAAACGUUUUCGGAACCAAUACGAAACUGGGAGCGCUGGUGGGCACACACGUGUUCGUCCUCUCGGUUUUGUCCAAUUUCUUUUUCUUCGCUCGGGAGGAAGUUGGUUACAUUUACAUUCGCAGGACGUACUUUGAAAGCGUUUUUAACUACGUGGUGCUUUAUGCGGUGGCUUAUUGCUUCUUCAGAACGGGAGAAUUCAUCAAAUCGGUGGAAGGUGACCGGAAAUACUCAUUGAAAAAGAGCUAUUAAUUUUGUAAAUGUGUUCAUUUAUUCAUAUUUAUUAAAGUUAAGAUUGAACAUGAUUCUCAAAAAUAA